UCAUCGCGCCAGCGCUCGGCGUUCGGCCAUUUUGUGUGACUGCAGUGAACAAGCGCUGUCCGUUUUCACGAGGUAUUUGUGUUGCGGGAUUCGUGGUCAGUGGCGUGCAGUGGUGGAGAUAAACUCGGAUGAUUUAGCUUCGCGUUAAAGGAUACGCUUGGGCGAUCGGAUUACAUGCGCUAGUGAGGAGUGCGACCGACCGCACGACCGCGUUAAUUUCCCGUGCAAAAUUGUGGGACAAGUACGAUGGAGGAUAAGGCGUCGCUCAAGGAACUUGACCAGUGGAUAGAACAAUUAAACGACUGCAAACAACUGACAGAAAGCCAAGUGAAAACCCUCUGCGAUAAGGUACACAUUCGACAUGCUCGUUAAGCAUGGCUCCGCCCCGUUUGGAACAUCCCCGUGAAUGUAUGUGGAGAUGUACAUGGACAGUUCCACGAUUUGAUGGAAUUGUUCAGAAUAGGUGGCAAAUCGCCUGAUACAAAUUACCUUUUUAUGGGCGAUUAUGUUGAUCGUGGCUAUUAUUCAGUCGAGACUGUCACUUUGCUUGUAGCUCUUAAGGUAAGAUAUCGAGAAAGAAUAACCAUUCUGCGAGGAAAUCACGAAUCAAGACAAAUCACACAGGUAUAUGGGUUUUAUGAUGAAUGCUUACGUAAAUAUGGAAAUGCCAAUGUAUGGAAAUUCUUUACGGAUUUAUUCGAUUAUUUACCAUUAACGGCAUUGGUAGAUGGCCAAAUAUUUUGUUUGCAUGGUGGUCUGUCACCAUCGAUUGACACUUUAGAUCAUAUACGUGCUCUAGAUCGUCUUCAGGAAGUACCACAUGAAGGUCCUAUGUGCGAUCUGCUUUGGUCAGAUCCAGAUGAUAGAGGAGGAUGGGGAAUUUCACCCCGUGGAGCAGGAUAUACUUUUGGUCAAGAUAUUUCUGAAACGUUUAAUCACUCCAAUGGACUAACACUUGUUUCACGGGCUCAUCAAUUGGUUAUGGAAGGUUACAAUUGGUGUCAUGAUCGCAACGUCGUAACUAUAUUCUCAGCACCUAAUUACUGUUAUCGUUGUGGUAAUCAAGCUGCAAUUAUGGAACUGGAUGAUGCUUUAAAAUAUUCAUUCCUACAAUUUGACCCAGCACCAAGACGUGGAGAACCACAUGUUACCAGGCGAACGCCAGACUACUUCCUCUAAAGAACUAAACUUCAAGGUUAAGAAAUGUCAAGGUAGGAGAAUGGAAACGCGACUUUAUAGUGACGCCAGACAGCAUAACUUUCAAUAGAACAUCGCUAAAUGAAUGUGAGGCUCCGACAUGUUUUCACACAUACCACAUAUAGCCUCAAGUAUUAUAUCAUGGCUCACUUUAUGGUGUCUCAUUGAGAGAUAGAAUAGAUUACACGCACGUUCUGUGCGUGCCUUACAUGAUACAUGUAGACACAACAUUACUUGUACACAGAAAAGGAAAAAAAUAAUACAAUAAUGUAUGUACACACGUAUCGAUUAAAUUCAUUUGUAGCAUUGAGUUUUAUUAUAUCCGCUUGUAUUUUUAUUAUUAAAAAAACUGAAUUUAUAAUAAUGCACACGUUUGCGCGCAACAGAUAGAACAAAAACAACGGUAAAAUGGUAUUGUUUUGUAAUCUUGAAUGAGAAUAUUAUAAAAUUCGUUAAGAAAAAUUUAUUAAUGAGACAACAUUGUGUGUGUUUUAAAUAACGGUUCGUUCUAACGAAGUUAAUUGUCAUACAAGAUUUCAAGAAAAUGUACCAAAAUGAUUAUAAUUUGUAUUUAAGAAAUUGUCACGUUAUUAUUGGUGUGAAUGGAGUAUGAGAUGUUCACUUGAAGAAAAUGCAAGGUGAGUUGAUGCAACAGUAAAUUGGCAUGCAUAAAUUGUGCCAUAUAAAGAUUCAAUAAAUAUAAUUUUUAAGUAUAAA